AUGCAAUUUGAAGCACUUCCCUUAAAGAAGAGGGAGAGGAGAGGGAAGGGAGAGGGAGAGAAGAAGGUGGAUGUUUACGCCUACCUCAUGAAGCAGCAGACUAGAAGUAUCCCAGAAGAUGAACCUAUGCGCAUGGGAGCAAAUAGACAUUCAGACAUUAACAGAAUGGUCUCAUAUAAAACAUCAAACACUCCAGCAUUGUGUGAUUUCCGGAAAAACAUUAACGCUUCUUCCAUUUCUAGCAGCUUAGAUGAAGAAGCUAAUCAUUCCGGAAUGCUAAGCUAUUUUGGAUUUGAGCACUCUACAGGUACUUGUAUUAUGAGAACCAUUCCAUCUGUAGCCACAGAAACAGGAUUGGAAAGCGAGGGCGAGAGAGAGGUGAACCUCGCAGAGGAAGAGAUAGAUAGAUAG